UUACUCUCCACUCUGAUGUCGGCUGGCAACUUGACGCCGUCUAGGAAACGAUCCAAGUGGAACGACGAAGGCGAUGAUGCUGCUGAAGACUUUCAGUCACAUCCACGGUCAAAGCGUCGCGUAAAGGCCAGGCUGGUUCCCCGACCGUCACCAAGCCCGUCCAUCGCGAUCGCUCAUCCGACGAGACCAUCACACUGCGUCUAUGUUCCUCCACGAACUCAACAUCCUUCUAUACUUCCAUCAAGGUCCGUAUAUUGCUACGAGCGCCUCAAUCAAAUAGAGGAGGGAUCAUAUGGAGUCGUGUUUCGGGCCAGAGACAAGCAAACUGGGGACAUCGUCGCAUUGAAGAAACUGAAGCUAGAUGAGGAAAAGAAUGGAUUUCCUAUAACAGCUCUCAGAGAAGUCAAUGCAUUGAUGGCUUGUCAUCACGAAAAUGUUGUCCGCGUUCGCGAAGUCGUCGUCGGAGACACAUUGACCCAAGUUUUUGUUGUCAUGGACUUCAUCGAACAUGACUUGAAAUCCCUUCUCACCUUGAUGCCUGCACCCUUUCUCCAAUCCGAGAUCAAAACGCUUAUGCUUCAGUUGCUAUCUGCUGUGGAUCAUUGCCAUUCGAAUUGGAUCCUUCACCGCGACCUAAAAACAAGUAAUCUUCUCAUGAACAAUCGGGGAACAAUCAAAGUGGCCGACUUCGGUUUGGCACGGCGGUACGGUGACCCUGUCGGCGUUGGUGGAAUGACACAGCUAGUGGUCACUCUUUGGUACCGCGCUCCUGAAAUUCUUCUCGGUGCAAUGUCGUAUUCCACUGCUGUGGACCUGUGGUCUGUAGGAUGCAUUUUUGCUGAGCUCCUGCUCAAAGAACCCUUGUUCCAAGCGAAAUCAGAAAUGGAACUUCUUUCGAUGAUAUUUAAACUUCUUGGACCACCCACUCAUAACUCCUGGCCCGAGUAUUUUUCUCUCCCUUUGGCCAAGACAAUCAACCUGCCUUCCCCUCAGCCACCACAGUUUCGACAGAAAUUUCAGUAUCUGACCUCGGCCGGCCUUGAUCUACUAAUGUCUCUCUUAUUCUAUGAUCCUGAACGAAGAAUAACAGCUUCAGAGGCGCUUGAUCAUCCUUACUUCAAAGAAUCACCACUGCCAAAACAUCCCGACCUUUUUGGUUCAUUUCCAUCAGCAGCUGCUGGUGAAAAGAAGCAAAAAUUGUUCAAUAGCCCCUCUGCACCAGUGCGAGCCGCAGAUAAUAAGUUUUCAAUGUAAUUUAAUGUUGCGUACACUCGUAGAGACUAGUCUUCUACUGGCAGUUCAGUAUAUAAUCAUAACCAGGACUGCGUCAUUGCUACGCCUAGGAAUGUUAUUAUUGUGAAGGAGGUAU